CACUUCGUCACGUGACAUCAAAAGUUUUUAAAGCGACACAUCUGAGUACUGUAUCGUCCAAGACCCAACUCCUGUGAUUUCGUACCAGUUGCAUCACAAAAUAUACCCAGACAGAGGGAGGACAAUGUAUGAAAAUGUCCCAACAGUCUCCACAGUGGAGCGCCAGCAGGUGCUGCAGGCCUUGGAACGGCUCCAGGCUAAGAUGGCCCAGAGGGAGGAGUGGACCCACAGUGAGAGGCUGGGGGUGCUGAGGGACGCCCUACAGAGCCCACUGCUAGGACACAUCCUCACGCUGCAGCACUCCAUCAAACAACUCAAAGACCAGCUGAACUGCAUGCCUCCCGACACCUGCAGUGAGUUCAGCUUCUCCAGGAAGGGCCAGCUGAUCGUCAGUGCCAGCCGCCCGGCCAGCAGCCUGUGCACAUCCGGCCCCGGCUCGGUGCUGUCCAACGGCUCAGCCCUAUCCUCAGUGGGUCUCCGCUCCCCCGACCAGCUCCAGAGAUGGCUCGGCGCUGCCGCCAAGGGGAGGCCAACUGAGCACAUCAGCCUGCCCAAGCCCCUGUCUGGAAGCCUGGGCUUCAGUGUGGUAGGCCUGAGGCCUGAGGGGACUGGGGGCCACGGGGUCUUCAUCAGACAGGUCCAGCCUGGGAGCAUCGCACACAGGGAUGGGCGCAUGCUGGAGAACGACCAGAUCCUGGUGAUCAACGGGACCCCCCUGGACCAGAGUGUCACCCAGCAGCAGGCCAUCACUCUGCUGCAGCAGCCUGGGGACAGAGUGGAGCUGGUGGUGGCCCGGAACCCAUCAACUGCCACACAGCACACGCCACUGCUCCCGCCCGGACCCAUCAUUCAGAAUGAGCAGUGGGGCCAUGUGGAGGAGAUAGAGCUGGUGAACGACGGCUCGGGCCUGGGCUUCGGUAUUGUUGGAGGCAAGGCCACAGGAGUGGUGGUGAGGACCCUGGUGCCAAACAGUGUGGCUGAUAAGGAUGGGCGUCUGCGUACCGGCGACCACAUCCUGCGUAUCGGGGAGACCCCCACGUGGGGCCUGGCCAGUGACCAGGUGGUCAAGGUGCUGCAGGGCUGCGGGAGCCGUGUGCGCAUGCUCAUCGCCCGUGACCCCUCGGGACAGCCCUCCACCUCCUUGCCGCCCCCUCCCCCGCCCGCCGCCAGUCCCGUUUCAGCCCUGCCCCCACUACCUGAAGUCGGACCCAAGCGCAGGCUCAGCAGGACUCCCAACCUGGAGGGUUAUGAGAUCCAUGAAGUGCCUCUGAUGAAGAAGGAGGGCCAGAGCCUGGGCAUCUCCAUCAUCGGUUACAAUGCCUUUACCAGUGAAGACGCGUUGGGAGUGUUUGUGAAGAACGUAGUUCCUGGGAGUGCAGCUGAGCAGAGCGGAAACAUACGCAUCCACGACAGGAUCAUAGCGAUGGACGGGGUGAGCCUGCAGGGCUUCACUAACCAGGAAGUUCUGGAGGUGAUGAAGCAGACGGGCCAGACGGUCCACCUCACCCUGGCCAGGAAGAUGGCCUCGCCCAGACCCUCACUGGAGAGGUCCCUGGACAAAGUCCAGAGAGAGCCGUCCCGUGUGUCUCUGAAGAGGUCUGCAGAGAUCAAAGCUCGGUCAUCAGACCUGCAGAGGGCCUCCAGCGUGGCCUCCAGCGUGGCCCCCCUACUGGAGCCCACUGAGACACUUCUGAUGAGCACCAGCAGAACACAGCUGGCCAGUGGUGAGCUCAUCCAGCCGUCGGUCCGUCCAUUAAUUGCUAUGGAGGGAGUCUCUCUGUCUGAGCUGGAGCUGAGGGCCAAAUGGGAGCAGGCCCUGGGGCCAGAGUACGACGUUCUGGUGGUUGAACUGGACCCUGUCAUCGAAGAUGACGCUGAGCUACAGAAGUACUCCAAGCUUCUUCCCAUCCACACCAUGCGUCUGGGGGUUGAGUUGGACUCGUUCGACGGCCACCACUACGUCUCUUCUGUGGCCCCUGAGGGCCCCGUGGCCAAACACGGGCUCCUGAGACCAGAGGACGAACUACUGGAGGUGAACGGGGUGCAGCUGUACGGCAAGUCGAGGCGUGAGGCAGUGGCGUUCCUGCGUGAGGUGCCCCCUCCCUUCACCCUGGUGUGCUGCAGACACCUGACAGAGGACGACUCAGACUAUCAACCAGACCGCCAAGACGAGUGGCGCUCGCCCAGCCCCGCCGUCAGCUUGUCUGAGCUUGAAGCCAAGCUAUCCUCUGUGUUGAUAAGUCAGGCCUACCUCCGGGACAAUGACAGUGAACAACCUCGGGACCACGUGACCCUGCAGGAGGUGUCGGAUGAGGAGCCGGAUGAGCCAGCGCCCACGUACCCCAGCCAGCAGGAGGAGAUCCAGCAGGGGAAGAGAGGGGAAGAGGAGGAGGAGGAGGAUGAAGAGGGAGAGCUGGCUCUGUGGUCCCCAGACAUUCAGUUGUUGGAGCUGGAGAAGGGAGAGAGAGGCCUGGGCUUCAGCAUCCUGGACUACCAGGAUCCUCUGGACGUUGCGCGCUCCGUCAUCGUCAUCCGCUCGCUGGUGCCCGGCGGCGUGGCAGAGUGCCAUGGGGGCGUGCUCCCCGGGGACCAGCUGGUGUUUGUCAACGACACCUACCUGGACACGUGCACCCUGCCCCAGGCCGUGGAGGUGCUCAAGGCCGCCCCGUCUGGAACCGUCUACUUGGGCAUCUGCAAGCCAUUAGUGAUGGAAGGAGCAGAGGAGAAGGGACAUGGGGACCUGGCGCUCCGGAGGACAGAGGGACAGAGCAAGGGCCGAGAGGAGAGUGUGUCCCUCUUGCUUACACACUCACUUCUGCCUGUUUCCAAGGGCUUUGCUGAUGGCUCCAUCCUCCCGGAGGAUCUUGGACAGGAAGAGGACGAACCCGAGCUGAUCCUGGACGGUAGCUUCCCUCGCUACACCUCACCUUUGACCCCUGCCUUAACCAUUAACCCCACCCCCACCUUGACCACUAGGAGCCUUAACCCCACCCCAACUCCCACCUUAACGCCCAGCCCAAUGGGAGAGGAGAGGGAGAUGGCCGUGGAUGAUGAAGAGGAGGUUGGAGUGGAGGUGGAGGUUAGGGAGGGGCAGGUGGUGGACUCCUACCCCAGAAAACCCCCACCUUCAUGGGGAGAGUGGGAGAGAGACAACGGAGGCCCCGUCCCGCCGGCCUCUGUCCACUCUGGAGCUCAGGAAAAGUUUUGCCCUCCUAAACAGGUGGAGGAGGUGGAGGAGAUGCCCAAUCCAGACCUGCAGCCCAGAGCCCUUCUUGACCAGCUCACUCUGGGUCAGUCUGUGGACUCCUGGGUGGAGACGGGUGGGGACAGUGAGGCAGACUCAGACUCCAGGAACGGAGGAUCAGAACUCACCCUGACUGACACGGACACUGACUCGGUGCGUUUGGUUGACACGGAGAGGAGGAAGAGGAGGGGCCAGGGUGGAGGAGGUGGACACAGUGAUCUACCUGAGAGGGAGGAAGGAGAGGGAGAGGAAACCCCUGCGUUCAGCCACUGGGGACCCCCACGCAGAGUGGAGGUGUGGCAGGAAGAGGGCGAGUCCCUUGGCAUAAGCAUUGUGGGUGGGCACAGCGUCAUCAAGAGACUGAAGAAUGGAGAGGAACUCAAGGGCAUCUUCAUCAAACAGGUACUGCCGGAGAGCCCAGCGGGACGCACUUGCGUGCUGAAGACCGGGGACAAGAUAUUGCAGGUAUCAGGUGUGGACCUCCAGAACGCCAGCCAUGAGGAUGCGGUCCAGGCCAUCAAGGCAGCUCCCAGUCCCGUGGUCUUCAUCGUCCAGAGCCUCACUGCCACGCCGCGGCCUGUCUCGCUAACCGCGCCCAGUUACAACAAACACAAGGCAAAGAGGAGAGUCAUGCCGAACGCAGCAGUAGGAGGCGCCCCUCCCCCGAUGAGACUCCCCCCACCCUACCGGCCCCCCAGUCAGCUGACAGAGGAGCAGGACGAGGAGCUGGAGGAGGCCAAAGAGCGGAUCAGGCUGCGCUACGGGGAGCUGUGCGGGGAGCUGCUGUGUGUGGAGCUGGACAAAGAGCGCCAGGGCCUGGGCCUGAGUCUGGCGGGCAACCGCGACCGCUCCUGCCUCAGUAUCUUCGUGGUGGGCAUCAGCCCCGGGGGCCCCGCUGCCAAAAACGGAAACAUCCGUGUUGGGGACGAGCUGCUGGAGAUCAACAACCAGGUCCUGUAUGGCCGCAGCCACCUGAACGCCUCAGCUAUCAUUAAGAGCUCCUCAUCCAAGGUCAAGAUUAUCCUCAUCAGGAAUGAAGAUGCUAUCAACCAGAUGGCCGUUCCCCCCUUCCCAACUCCUCCUUCUGUCCUCUCCUCCACUGAGGCUCAUCCCCCCACACCACCAGCAGCAGCAGCGGUAUCAGCCUUGGCCCCCACAGAGAAGCCCCAACCUCCAGAGAGCCUGGUCCUCAGCAGGGGCCCCCUGGAGUCCUCCAUCUCCAUCAGCAAGGGGCAGUCCAGUGCCGGCUCCAGUGGGAGCACAGCUACGGAGCUCAUCUCCAGAGAAACAACACUCAAGAGCCUCCGAGAGGGAGAGACCGCCUCCAAGAAGCUCAAGGCCUCUGAGAAGGGGGCUGAGUCUUCGGAGAGUGUGCCUGUGCCGGAUGCCAAGGCCCUCCUGGAGCAGAAUGCCAGCCUGUCCAAGGUCUCGCAGAGCUCCAGUAAGGUGCCAAUGGUGAGCGGUGUGGACGGAGGGCUGGUGUCCCCCCAUGCCGCCUCCCUGCCCUCCUGCACCGGUCCAGACUUUGAGUACUGCAGCAAAGUAGACCCAGCCACGUGUCCUAUCGUUCCAGGCCAGGAGGUAGUCAUAGAGAUCGCCAAGGGUCGCUCUGGCCUGGGCCUCAGCAUCGUAGGGGGCAAAGAUACACAGCUGGAUGCCAUAGUGAUCCAUGAGGUAUAUGAGGAGGGGGCGGCGGCACGCGAUGGGCGACUCUGGGCUGGAGAUCAGAUCCUGGAGGUGAAUGGCGUGGACCUGCGCAGCGCAGCCCACGAGGACGCCAUCACAGCCCUGCGGCAGACCCCGGCCAAGGUGCGUCUGACGGUGCUACGGGACGAGGCGCAGUACCGCGACGAGGAGAACCUGGACGUGUUCAGUGUGGAACUGCAGAAGAAGGCCGGCCGUGGCCUGGGCCUCAGUAUCGUCGGCAAGAGGAACGGCACCGGGGUGUUCAUCUCGGACGUGGUGAAAGGGGGCGCCGCCGAGCUGGACGGCCGACUGAUGCAGGGGGACCAGAUCCUCUCUGUCGACAGCGAUGACAUGAGGCAGGCCUCGCAGGAGACGGUGGCGGCCAUUCUCAAGUGCGCCAGGGGGAUGGUGCUCCUAGAGCUGGGCCGACUGAAGGCUGCCUCCUGGAUCUCUUCCAGACACACCUCCCAGGGAAGCCAGAUGAGCCAUGUGGUUGCCAACAGCACAAUCGCCACGCCCCACCCCCCGCUAAACUCCACACCUUCCACCUCUCAGCUCCUCAACAACGCCAGGAAGCCCAUGACAGAGAGCAUGACCUCAUCAAAGAGCGCAGGAGCAGAGAUGGGGGUGCGCACUGUGGAGAUCACGCGGGGUCCUACUGAUGCGUUGGGGAUCAGUAUAGCUGGGGGGAAGGGCAGUCCUCUUGGGGAUAUCCCCAUCUUCGUGGCUAUGAUCCAGGCCAACGGGGUGGCAGCCAAGACACACAGGCUCAAGGUAGGAGACAGGAUCGUGAGUAUUAACGCUCAAUCUCUGGAUGGCCUGUCCCAUGGGGAUGUGGUCACCAUGCUGAAGAAUGCCUACGGCAGCAUCAUUCUCCAGGUUAUCGCCGACACCAACAUCAGUGCCAUAGCCAGUCAGGUGGAGAGUAUGUCCACUAGCACCAGCCUUCCCAACAGCCCAGACACACAGCCAGGGGAGCCAGAGGCCCCCAAGCCCAAGAAUAUCUCUCUUGAGAAGGGUUCUGACGGCCUGGGCUUCAGCAUCGUAGGGGGCUUCGGAAGCCCUCAUGGAGACCUGCCCAUCUACAUCAAGACUGUCUUCAGCAAGGGGGCAGCGGCGGUGGACGGGCGUCUGAAGAGGGGUGACCAGAUUCUGUCAGUAAACGGAGAGAGUCUGGAGGGGGCCACCCACGAACUGGCCGUGGCCAUACUGAAGAGACAGAGGGGGGCCGUCACUCUGGAAGUCCUCUCUUAGCUCACACACACACCUCUACCCCCACUGGCAAAGCGACCAUUAUGGGGUUGAACUGGUUUCAACUUUCCAACGUACAAAAAAAAAACAAGACUCUGUUCCGUUAAGUUGGCCAACAUCUGAUGCCCAUCUUCACCCUUAUAAACAGCCCAUUAACGAGAAGGGGGCAUUGGUUCUGGAAGGAUUCGGGUCACUAGGUGGCACUGCCAAGGAGAGCCCUGCCCUGUAGCGAUGUAGAGAGAGAACAUGUGUGUCGCACUGCGUUCAGCUGUGCCCUCAAGUGAACCACGAGAAAUAAGAGGACUAUAUCUGGGGGGCUGCAGGAAGUAGUGACACCUAACUUCCUGUGUGCCAUCUUAGGAGCUUCACUGUGAGGGUGGUCCGAUCGCUACACUGACUGGAUAUUAUACAGCAAGGAAACACAGGGAAACUGUACCGUCUCUGUGCCAUUUUCAGUUUUGUUUUGUGUGAUCGCACCCGUGCUUCCUUCAUAGAACACUGGUAGAACAAUACGAGCGGUUCAGUUGGUCUAGGUCUCUUCAACGUUAGCCUCGUGUUAGCUUAGCAUCUCCCUGAUCGGAAGACACUGGUUAGCUGUUAGAGAUGUCAGCUUCAUUUGCUGCUAAUGUGCUAACUGUGAGGGUGAAUGGUCUCGGCAGGGAACGGGGCUGCGACACACUAGACUGGAACAGGUCAUUUAGACACACACACAUACUGUAUAUACACACCCACACACAGUAGGCUAGUGAGUCACUGUCAGGUUGACGCACAUCUUCUCAUUCCUCAUUGCCCACACACGAUUUAAACUCGUAGUGUCAUACUCUUACGCAAAGGUAGUACAUUCAACAGUCUAGUCCCCUCAAACACAACUCUGGACAUUGAAGCUAGUUCCACUGCGUUUUCUUGCAUUGUUGCCCUCUGAUCAGGGGUCUCAUUUAGACCUGGGAGGUGGGUGCAAUUAAUGAUCAGGUAGAACAGAAAAGCAGGAGGCUUCAGACCUCGUAGGGUAAGAGUAGAAUACCCCUGCUGGUAUAUCACUAUGCAGUAUGUUGUGUAGUCCUGCUAAGAGUUGUAAGCUUUUGUGCGUGUCACGAAGGAGUUUCGCCUUGCAUAUGCAGAUGUGAGACAGGUUAUUAGUACACAGUGUUGCCAAAUUAUCUGAACCCCCCCCCCCCUUUGAAUCCGAGACCGUUUAGCAAAGUGAGGAAAAAUAUAUACACUAUGCGUUUGUUAGCAUUGUUGCGGCAGACACGUUUCUAUUAGCUAUACAAUGUAAUGUAGGCGAAUCUCAGGACUUACAUCGGGCAUUGUGUCUGUUGCCAGAGCUUGCUUGCUUUCCCCUAGUGUGGGUUUGUAUGGAGGUUAGCCGAAUCUUUACCUCCUUUGUCGCUGACCCUGGAGUAUCCCUGUAAGCCUAUUAAGGUCCUAUGAAAUGGUGUCAAAAUACAUCCAUGUCUUAACUAGUCUGGUCCAAGAUAUUUGUGCUCUACUCCCAUGGUCAUUGUCACGCCAAACAAGACCGCACAAACAGGACUGGAUCCAGGCUUUGUCUUAACUGAUCAAAGGGAGAAGGAUCAUCCUGAUGAAUAUUUGUGUUGGACGAUCCACCUCCUAGCCAAUCCCGAUCAUUUUAACUUUGUGGACUGGACACGUGCAUUUCAAUGAAGUGCUAUUACUUUUUGUUUUACCUGCCUUUGUCAUUGUUUUUAUUUGUGUCAUGCGGAUGGUACUGCAUGCAUGUUACUGUAAGCCUAUUUUGUUUAGACAUGUCUUGGUAAAAACAUAUACCAACAUUUCUGAUCAUUUGGGGCACUAUCAGAAGCAAUCAAUUUCUUGCUGUGAGCCGUUGUCAUCAUGUAUCAAGGGUGCAUUCCUUAGGCAUCAAAUGGAAGAAAAUGGACUGAAACAGGUAGGGACAACCUGAACUUAAUAAAUGCUUGUUUUUGUAGCAAGGCAUUUUGCUACGGUGUGCACUAAUGAAUACAAACCAUGUGUGGCUGUAGCUCCACACUGUUCUGUCCAGCUGCGAGAAGCUCAUCACGUCCAACAAUUACAGGAUAUCCUGUCUCCCUCGGCUGGAGCCCGUCGUCUGUUUCCCGUGUCGCUGCAACCCCUCCACGCUCACAGGAAGUGACAACACGUUCCUCCAAGACACUUUGAGCCCCCCUCCCCCUCGGUUGUAUUCAUUAGGUCCCAAACGGGAGAAAGCAGACUGUAACAAGGAGGGACUACCUGAACUUGCCCAAUACAAAAACACUUGUUUUCCGUUGCAAACCAUUUAGCUACGUUGUGCCAUAAUGAAUAUGACCCCGGUUAACACUAAGGAAAACCCUGCAUAGUAACUCUCGCGCCGUGCCUGUCUCAGUAAAAGUGGAAGUGCAAUCUGGUGUGCGUCCUAAAUACUUGCAAGGGGUCCUGGGAUUUAGGGGAGGUCGGCCUAUUAAGGGGACUGACUACUGUUCUGCCGUGAGUCGCUGAUGUGCUAGAGUAGAUUGUGUGUGUGUGUUCAUCAUACAUCAGUCUUAUUUCUGUGAGAGCCUAUUUCUGUAAGUCUUAAUGCUCGAUCCCUUUAAAGAGAUUCAGUUUAAACUCACUGCUGCCUAUUUCACUUGCUUCUUUUCCCCUCUCUCAUGCUGUGAUCUCUCCAUCUACUCUGGACUUUUAGAUUUUGUCUGACUUUGUCCUAUGCGUGUCAAUCGGCAAUAGGCUGUGUGUGUUUGUACACGUGUUCGUCAGAAGUUGGACUGAUGAUUAUGAUGAUCCCGUCACGCCCAAUAAUCCCGUCUAUAAUGCCAUCGAUGAACUGCGCGCUGGUCCGUAGCGCCACAGAAAACGUCUUUCUUCACGUCAUUGAUCGAUGGAACGCAUUUUCAAAUCCAAAGAAACAAUCCACCCUUCCUAUAUAUCGAUGUGUGACAAACUCUGCUGUAAUGACGUGUGGAUACACAGUAUAUAUAUAAAUAUAUCUAUAGAAAAAAUAUAUUGUCUAUGAUCACAAAUGCAAGUCAUCUUUUAAAUGUGUGUAGCCUACUGACUGUGGUCAUACACUGAUACUCUUCGUGAAUUCUGAUGAACUGUUUGAUGAUGUUCCAUGUUUUAUUAAAUACAAGAGGAGCACAAUCAUUUCCACCAUGUCCUA